AUGGAGUCACAAACGGGUUUCAGGGCCCAACCAGGCUUCAGGGAAGAGGAGCGGCCAGUCGUCGUUCGUGCUUGCGACAUGUGCCGGAAGAAAAAAAUCCGCUGCGAGCCUACGACGCAAGGAUGCAGGCCUUGCACCAAAUAUGGCACCAAGUGUCAUUUUACGCCAAUUGCAAUGAAGAGGAAGCCUCGCAGACCAGCUGGCUUCAAAUACAUCGCACAGCUCGAGCAAAGACUUUUAGGAGUAGAGGCUUUGCUAGGAGACAGGUCCUUGGAAAAGCCAACUGUACCUGAAAUCAGUUCGCGUAAAGAGCGGACAACACCCGUAGCAUUACUUGACACAGCGGCAUUGAUCAAAUCUUCUAAUGGAAGUAAUCCGUGGAUGCCAGAGAGUAUGUGGCCUCAUUACGCUCCAGAUUUACGCUCAGUUUCUCUACCAGCGCGCCAGCGGCUUCCCACAAAGACAGUUGCUCUGGAGUUGAUUCAGGAAACUUUCAACAACUAUAAUAGGUUCCUUCCACUUUUUGAUGAAGAGGACUUCUUGAGAGAAUUUCAACUCAAGUACUCGACUUCUAAUCCUGGAGAUGCUGGUUGGUGGGCAUGCCUCAAUGUUGUGCUGUCGAUAGCUCAUCGUCUCCGCGCCAUACGAGCAUUAGACCCGACACAGGAGCACAUUCUAGCUAGUGGUUAUGUACAAAACGCCCUAAGUGUCGUCUCCGAGCUCAACGUCUCUGACCGCAGCCUCUCUGCUGUCCAGGCUCUGGCGGGUAUGGCUUGCAUUCUCCAGGGCACACCGGAUCCGGAGCCUGCCGCAAUGCUCGUUGCCGCCGCUCUACGCUUGGCACAGGCUAUGAAUCUGCACAGAGAAUGUUCCAGUCCAGGACUCACGGACUCACAAGCCGAGAAACGGAGGCGGGUGUUUUGGAAGGUGUACAUUCUUGACAAGGAUAUUAGUCUACGGACGGGCCGACCCUUUGGUCAAGAUGAUGAUGACAUGGAUGUACGUCUGCCCUCAAACGCAAGUCUUGAGCCAGGCAACCUGGACCUCUUCAACUGUCGCAUAGGGCUUGCGCUUGUUCAGGGGCAGGUGUAUAAACAAUUGUACUCGGUACAAGCUGGACGACAAACGGCGGCACAGAGAGCGAUUGCGGCACAAGAGUUGAGUUCUUUAUUAUCGUACUGGAAGUUUAGCGCGCAGCUGGAACUACCAGAGGACUCCACGAUAUCUUCAGGGCUCCAACUAUCAGGCGAGAUGAUCCACAAGGUGGUUCUGCGACUCACGUAUAUUCAUUGCCUCACAAUGAUUGAUCGCCAUUUGCGCCCAAUGCCGCAAUCUUCAUCGAACCAAGAGCUCAGCCGGUCUGAAAAAUUAUCGCCCCCAGGCAGUCUAUGCAUCGCUGAGUCACGCAAAGCGAUCCGUCUCGUUGAAGCCAUCCCUCAAGGAGACUGCUCCUGUGUCUGGAUGCUUCUUCACGCUUUCUUUGCUGCAGCCAGCAGUAUGCUCUAUAAUUUAACACAAAAUCCUAUGUCGCCAAACGCAAUUUCAGAUCUCGAUCUCGUCGAGCCAUUUCUACGCCUGUUGGAGACACUUGCCAGGGAUCCAAGCACACUCUCACGGUCCGAGGAACUGGUGCGAAUGCGUCGCACUUGCAACAGCUUAAACCUCGAAGCAAAAGAGGCUGUUCAGCUUUUCAGUUUAAGGUCUCCGGCCACCUUGACAUGA